AUGGCUACCCCCAGUGUCCUUACCUUUGAUGCUGAGGGUCGUGCUGUUGACUUUGAUGACCUCCAGCUGUUCCUACAGUGCGAUAGGGCAGACGGACUCUCCCUAUUCGAUCUCAUCUCCGGUGCCUCUCCUGCCCCGCCUGCUACUGCUGACAGCACUGUUCGCUCACAGUGGGCCACACGCGAUGCUGCUGCCCGUCUUGCUGUGCGUCGCCACUUACCGACCACUGAGCGUGCGCACUUUAGCAAGUACAAGAGUGCUAAGACCUUGUACGACGCUGUAGUUGCACGCUACUCUUCCCCUGCCACUACUGCGCUGAGCCGCCUCAUGCUACCGUACCUCUUCCCUGACCUUGCUGCCUUUCCCACUGUCGCAGACCUCAUUACGCACCUCCGCACUAGUGACACUCGCUACCGCGCUGCGCUUCCUGCUGAGUUCUGUGCCAAGAACCCCCCCCCCCCCAUGUACAUCACCCUCUACUACAUAGUCACCCGGCUCCCUGACUCCCUUCGCUUAGUCAGGGACCACUUUCUCUCAGUUUUCCCCACCACACUCACCGUUGACCUCCUCGAGGAGCGCCUCCUAGCAGCAGAGAAGAGCAUAGUUGCUGUAGGAGCCUCUCAUGGUGACCCUCGCACCCCCGUCUUUGAGGGUCGGUCGGCGCUGCGUCUACCCCUAGCGGGAGACGCCGCACCGGCAAGGGCAAGGGGGGCAAGGGCGCUGGAGGGGCUGGCGGGGACGAUGGAGGUGGUGGUGGAGGCAGUGGAGGGGGUGGGGGUGGUGGUGGGAGUGGUGGCGGGGGUGGAGGUGUCGGUGGCAGCAGUGGAGGCGGAGGAGGGGGCGGCGGUGGCGGAGGGAGCGGAGGCGGCGGAGGUGGCGGAGGCGGCGGAGGUGGCGGAGGCGGUGGCGGCAGCGGUGGAGCUGGUUGCGGCUCUGCGCAGAGGAGUGGGUCCGGUGGUGGUCCGCGCCAGCUGUAGCAGCGCAGUCGUGAGACCCUGUCCCCUCAGCAGCUUCGUGAGUGGUACGCUGCGCGUCAGCGCGGUGGGAGUACUAGUCCCUAUACCUACGUCCUCCGUACCGGCGACCGCGCUGGUGAGUAGUGCGGGGGCCCGCACUCCACCCAGCGCUGCUUCGGCCGCCUGA